AUGCUUAUCACAUCUAUUACCUGGAAUUUGUUAUCAUCAACUAACUUAAAAAUUAUUCAAAGAGUUUCAAUCAACGGUUGUCUUAAGAAAAUGUCAACAGCAUUAGAAGCUUUACCCAAAGUAGACAUAGAUCCCACUGGAGUCUUCAAAUACAUAAUGUUAAAUGUAUAUGAUAAAACAAAAGUUAAUGUCGAACCUGUACUUAUUGUCCGUGGCUAUAAGCGAUGCAAUUACCAUUCUGAUAUUUAUGAUGAGGUCCAAGAAAGACUACAGCCCUUAGACUGUGAACCUCUUGGAGGAGGAAGAAUAUCUCAUGACCCUGAAAAUAAAAAGAUACAUAUUUAUGGCUACUCCCAAGGCUACGGCAAGGCAGACCAUGACAUGGCGGCUAAAUUAAUCAAGAAAGUCUACCCUGGCUAUAGCAUCACAGUCAGUGAUGAAGGAUAUUAA